AUGGCAGCUUCAGUGGACACUCCAUCACCACUUCAACUCAACAAGGCUUCUGCUUCUUCUCCUCUCUUCAGUCCCUCAUCUGAUAACCGCUUCUGGAGCUCUCUACAGACCCGAAUCGAUUCGAUUAUCCAAGAUCCUAACUCCAGAGUUCCAAUGGCCCAGAACCCACCAAAUGCUGAUCCUUCUCUUCAAAUGAAUGCUGGAGAAGCGAAACGUGGAGGAGGAUUGAAGGAAGACACGAUGGUUUUGAUGAGAGGGUUUGAUUCGAUUGCUCACACUUUGUCUCAGUUGUCUAACACUUUAGACAAUGCUCUUCAGGGAGCUAAUGAUCUAGCUAAGCCACCCACAUUGACAGAGAUAUUCCACAGCCAGUUGAGGAACUCAGAGAGAAAAGAGGAGGGCUCAGAAGAGCAACGACAGAAGGUAGAGGAGGAGGCUCAUGUAGGAUUGAAGAGGAAGUUUGACAACAGUCAUUGCUCAGAGGAACAAGGAGAUGGUGAUGAUCCACAACAUGAAAAUGAGCAAGUCCUAAAAGAUGUGAAGCUGAAGAAAGCCAAAAAUCUGGCUAUUUCUAUGGCAACGAAAGCAGCUUCGUUUGCUAGGGAACUCAAGUUGAUUAGGUCGGAUUUAUGGUUUAUGCAAGAGCGGUGUGCUUUGCUGGAGUUGGAGAAUAUGAGGCUCAGAGAUGGGUUUGAGAAGGGGUUGAGGCCUGAGGAAGAUGAUUUGGUGAGGCUUCAAUUGGAGGCACUGCUAGCUGAGAAAUCAAGAUUAGCAAAUGAGAAUGCAAAUCUGGUUAGAGAAAACCAAUGCCUCCACCAACUCGUAGAGUACCACCAGCUCACCUCUCAAGACCUGUCUGCUUCGUCAUACGAACAAGUUAUCCAAGGGUUGUGCUUAGACUUCUCGUCUCCACCUCCGCCAAUACCAGAAGAGGAAGCAGCAAACGAUGAAGAGAGCGUAGAAUCUGAAGAUGGCGCAACAACCCCAAGAUCUAAUCUUUUUGGCUUACACUCAUCUUUCGAUGAGCACUAUCAAGGAGAUUGUGCUUGA